AUGGCACCACGAGAUGGCUCAUCUGAUCCGGUGGGCACGCCUGACGCCCACUCGGCGGUGGAAAGCGGCAUCGCGACCAUUUCGUCUCUAAGAAUCGGUGUAAAGGCUUUUGUACAGAAGGUUCUGCCACAGACGUUGGGAAAGAUAGGCUCACAGAUUGAAAGUGUGCACUACGAGGACUUCAACAAGCGUCUUGAUGAAUGGGUACCAUCCUCUCGACUGGACCUCUCGCAGGAAGUCGAGUGGCCGCAGCCUGAAGCGCCUAAAAAGGGGCAAAAGCAAGGUGCCGCAGCUGCCCCGAAAGCACCCAGCCAGCCCAAAUCAUUAGCGGGACAGAAACGACCAAGGGGAUCGACAUCAGCAGCAGAUUCCCGCAAAGCCUCUGAUCCCCCGGAGCUCGCCACUACCUCUGGCAAUGCAGCCAAAGCUACUCGUCCGCCGCUCGUUGGAGGCAAGGAAAAUCGGCCUGGUAGUGAUGGCAAUAUUGCUGUUCUUGCACCAGAGAUCAGCACCGGCACACCGAAAGGCGAUGACGAUUCCGAGAUCGAUCUUGAAGACUUACAGAUUUCGGCUGCUGCAGCCAAAAGCAACGAUGCUGCACACCAAGUACAGUACUCCAGAGAAGAGGAGAUCGAGAAGCUACGCACGGGGGGGUCCAUGACCCAGAAUCACACUGAAAUCUCGCGAGUCCGAAACAUAGCUCGAAUACAGAUGGGCAAGCAUGAAAUGGAGACCUGGUACUUUUCCCCUUACCCAGCCUCCUACGCAGAUGCAGACAUUGUCUACGUCUGCGAAUUCUGCCUAAGCUAUUUCGAUACUCUCCAGACAUUCACCCGUCAUCGCGCCAAGUGCACGCUCGUGCAUCCGCCUGGCAAUGAAAUCUAUCGAGAUGACACUGCGUCCUUUUUUGAAAUCGAUGGGCGGCGGCAGAGGACCUGGUGUCGCAAUCUUUGCCUACUCUCUAAAUUAUUCCUCGACCAUAAAACGCUGUACUACGACGUAGACCCAUUCCUGUUCUACUGCAUGACCACUCGAGACGAGCACGGCUGCCAUCUCGUCGGAUACUUCAGCAAAGAAAAAGAAAGCGCAGAAGGCUACAACGUCGCUUGCAUCCUCACCCUGCCGCAUGUGCAAAGAAGCGGAUACGGAUACCUCCUCAUGGCCUUCUCCUACGAACUCUCGAAACGAGAAAGCAAGCUUGGCUCUCCCGAGAAACCUCUCAGCGAUCUUGGCCUGCUGGGCUAUCGAACGUACUGGGGCAGGACAAUCGUGGCACUAAUUAUGGAACACUAUCAAAAUCAUGGUCCCGACAGCAAUGUCACGAAUGGUCAUAAGCAAAGUGGACUGAGCGUCGAAGAUCUCUCUGCUCUAAGUGCCAUGACGACGGCCGACGUUAUCAACACACUGCAGAAUAAGAAUAUGCUACGGGUGUAUAAAGGGCAGCAUGUCAUUGUGCUCACUGAUGCAGUCAUCAAAGAAUGGGAGGAUGGGCGCGAGCGAGAGAAGAAGAGAGGGAAGAGGAGAACCAUUGAGUCGGAGAGGCUGCAGUGGAAACCGCCGGUCUUUGGCGCUGCAAGCCGUACGUGGAACUGGUGA